UUCAGUUUUGUCUUUUCACUUCUACAGUUUAGAACAACCGAAAGGGUAACUAAUGUCUUUUAAAAAUAAAUCAUUUUUAGUAAUAUUAAUAAUUUUUAACGACUACAUUAUAGAAUUUUUAAGAUGGCAAGCAAAAAAAAACAUUUUGUUGCUCUUUGACCGACCAAAGGAGCCCGUUUUUAUGGUUAAAGGUAAAGAAAAUGCCGUUUUUGAUGUUCCACAGGAGUAUCUGGAUGAUAAGUAUAAGCCAAUUGGUGCUCAAAUCGUUAACCGCUUUGGAGAGGACGCUAGCGAAAAAAUUCCUGUCUCUAGAAUUUCCCUGCCACCACUGGGCGAAAUUCUGGAGUUAAAGCGUAACGAAAACUUUUCCCUUUUCUUGCCCAAACACCGUAGGAUCGCUGGCAAGCUUAUAGACAUUUUUCUAGGUAUGCGUAAUGUGGACGAAUUACUUUCUUGUGCUGUCUAUGCCAGAGAUCGUGUAAACCCAUAUCUGUUUAACUACUGUCUCUCUGUUGCCUUGUUGCAUAGACCUGAUACCCAAGACAUCGAUUUGCCCUCUUUUAUUAGUUCUUUCCCUGAUAAAUACCUUGACAGUCAAGUUAUCGGCGAAGUAAGGGAACAAGCCACCAUUGUACCUGAUGGAUCCAGAACUCCCAUCGAAAUCCCCAAGGAUUACACUGCAUCUGAUUUGGAAGAUGAACAUCGUCUUGCCUACUUCAGGGAAGAUUUAGGAAUUAAUCUUCACCACUGGCAUUGGCAUUUGGUUUAUCCAUUCGAAGCUGCUCGUGUUGUUGUGGACAAAAAUAGAAGAGGGGAAUUGUUCUACUACAUGCAUCAGCAAAUUAUGGCUAGAUACAACUUUGAACGUCUCUGCAAUGAUCUUAAGAGAGUGGACCGUUUGGUUGAAUUAAAGGAACCAAUUAAAGAAGCCUAUUUCCCGAAAUUAGACAGCUUGGUUUCAAGCAGAGCAUGGCCUGCCAGAGUAACCAAUCAGACUUUAUCAAACAUAAGAAGAGAAACUGAUCAAGUCUCACAAGAUGUCGAUGAUAUUAUAAGGUGGAGGGAUAGAAUUUUAGAGGCUAUUCACAUGGGAGUCGUUCGAAAUGCUCAAGGCCAAGAUAUUCCUUUAACUGAAAAUGAAGGCAUUGAUAUUUUGGGAAACAUGGUAGAAUCGAGCAUUUUGUCGCCAAAUAGGGAGUUCUAUGGUGAUAUGCAUAAUAGUGGACACGUGUUUAUCUCGUACAUUCACGAUCCAGACCAUCGUCAUUUAGAAACCUUUGGAGUCAUGGGUGAUUCAGCUACUGCCAUGAGAGAUCCAGUUUUCUACCGUUGGCACGCAUUUAUCGAAUAUAUUUUCCAACAAUUUAAGAAUACUUUACCUACAUACACGCCUCAACAGUUAGAUUUCCCUGGAGUCGCCGUACAAGAUGUUGAAAUUGAAACCCAAAAUAGCAAACCAAAUCAAAUCAACACCUUCUGGCAACAAUCUGACGUAGAUCUUUCCAGAGGCAUGGACUUUCAACCUAGAGGCUCAGUAUUUGUAAGAUUUACUCAUCUUCAACACAGGAACUUUACCUACAAAAUAAAGGUAAAUAACAACGGCAAUGGCAACAAGCAGGGAACAUGCAGAAUCUUUAUUGCUCCGAAAUUUAAUGAAAGGGGCAACCCAUGGAGUUUUCGCGAUCAGAAGAACAUGUUCAUUGAACUUGAUAAGUUUGCAGUUAAUUUGAAGCAAGGUAAAAACACCAUUACCCGCUCUUCAACUCAAUCUUCCGUGACCAUUCCAUUCGAACGUACUUUCCGCAACUUGGAUAACCAAAGACCUACUGGUGGAGAGGAUUUGGCCCAAUUCAACUUCUGCGGUUGCGGAUGGCCACAGCAUAUGUUGGUACCAAAGGGCAAAGCUGGUGGAUUCCCUUGUCAACUGUUUGUGAUGAUUUCCAAUUUUGAAGGGGACAGGAUUAACCAAACCACUGAAGGUGCUUGUAAUGAUGCUGGAAGUUACUGUGGUAUCAAGGACAAGUUGUAUCCAGACCGUCGUUCCAUGGGAUAUCCAUUCGACAGACUUCCAAGGCAAGGAGUUGAUACUAUUCAGCAGUUCUUGACUGGCAACAUGAGAGUUCGUGAUGUUAAUAUUCAAUUUGAAAAUCGUACUUUCAGACCCAGAGAAGUUGGAAUAAACUAGACUAGAAUAUAUAUGACGACCUAUGAAUGUAUUUAAAUUAAAUCUAUGACUCUAUAUAUAUAAUAAUUAAUUUAAAAAAAUAUAUUCCUAUUUUAAAAUGCA